ACACAGUCAGACAAAAAUUGAUACGACCUUGUCGCACAUGAUUCUGACAAUUCGGUAUUAGUUGGAAAAAUCUGCGGCCUGUGAAAGAACAUUGUUUUUUCGUGUUCCGGCUGGUGGUUCUUUUCGAAUAAUUUAUAAGUUUGUCUUAGCUGCUGCUUUAAAGCCAUCCGAUAACAAAACCGCCUCCGCACAAUGUCAAUGUUGCUAUCGAGGACGAUUCUUCCGUUGCACCGUACGGUGAGGAGUAUCCAGGGACAGAUUUUGCGGACCAUGCAUUUGCAGCAAAGCCAAGCCUUCGUCAAUGGGCGCUGGGUGGGCGCCCGUGGUGGUCAAACCUUUGACGUGACCAAUCCGGCCAAUGAACGCGUGAUUGGAACCGUCCCCGAUAUGGACGUAAGCGAUGCUAAUGAAGCAAUUGACGCUGCCUACAGCGCGUUCUACGACAAACAGUGGCACAAUAGUACGGCCAAGGAACGAGCUGCACUGCUGAAGAAAUGGUUCCAGUUGAUGGAGGCAAACCGCUCGGAAAUCGCCCAAAUAAUGACGGCCGAGUCGGGCAAACCCAUUCCGGAAUCGAUGGGCGAAAUCACCUAUGGAAACUCGUUCGUCGAGUGGUUUGCCGAGGAAGCGCGCCGCAUCUACGGUGAGAUUGUUCCCGCCCCGCAAGCCAACCGUCAAAUUAUGCUCACCAAGCAGCCGGUUGGAGUGGCGGCCCUCAUCACCCCGUGGAACUUUCCUCAUGCCAUGAUCACGCGAAAGGCGGCCGCAGCCAUAGCUGCCGGAUGUACGGUUGUGAUCAAACCGGCCGAAGACACGCCGCUGACCGCACUAGCACUGACCAAGCUGGCCGAAGAGGCUGGUUUCCCGAAGGGAGUGGUCAAUGUGGUAACUAGCAGCCGGAAGAAUGCUGCCAGCAUUGGAGAGCUGUUAUGCAAGAGUGAUAAGGUGGCGGCCAUUUCUUUCACCGGUUCUACGGAAGUAGGCAAGCUGCUGUACAGGCAGUGCGCAAAUGGGAUCAAACGAAUCGGGCUGGAAUUAGGAGGAAAUGCUCCAUUUAUUGUUUUCAAGUCUGCUGAUUUGGACAAGGCCGUUACGGGAGCCAUGAACUCCAAGUUCCGCAAUUGUGGACAGACGUGCAUUUCAGCAAACCGAUUCCUAGUUCAAGACGGAAUCCAUGAUGAAUUCAUCGCCAAACUUACUGAGAAGCUAAAAGCGCUAAAAAUUGGCGAUGGCAGCCAAGAUGGUGUGCAAAUUGGCCCCCUAAUCAACCAUGCUCAAAUCAAAAAGGUUUCCCAUUUCGUGGAAGAUGCACAGCAGAAAGGAGCUAAAAUCAUUUACGGUGGCAAGCCACUUACUAACCACGGAUCCUUAUUCUUUGAGCCAACGAUCGUGACCCACCUGCGAGAUGACAUGCUUCUCUACAAUGAAGAAGUCUUUGGUCCGGUGGUUUCUGUCAUCCGGUUCAAGACCGAAGAGGAAGCACUCAAGAUUGCCAACGGAACGCAGCGUGGACUGGCAGGUUAUUUCUACAGCAACGAUUUGAACCAGGUCUUUCGGGUGUCAAGAUUGCUGGAAACUGGCAUGAUUGGAGUCAAUGAAGGACUAAUUUCCACCACUGAAGCAGCUUUCGGCGGUAUCAAAGAGUCGGGCAUUGGGCGGGAGGGCUCAAAGUACGGCAUCGACGAGUAUGUCUACAUCAAGUAUCUGUGCUACGGAAAUCUCGACUGAAUGCAUUGAGCAAAAAAAAUCGCACUCUUGGAAUGUGGACGCAGAUUAUAAAUGCACACUGUUGUUCCAGACUGACGUAGCGUUUCGUUUGUAGACUGGAAAAUGUUUCCAUUUGCACUACACCACUCGAGCAGCACUUGCUUUCCAGGCUACAAUGUUAAAAUAAUUAUAUGAUCCAACGGCAAAAAAGAAUACCAAUAAGCACAGCGCUGAACUUAGUCUUCCAUAUGUAGCAAAAAUAAAAAACUACAAAUCAGUGUAUGUACCUAUAUAAAUAUUACUAGUAAUGUCAAUAAAGUCAUCAUAAACUAUG